CUUCUUCUUCUUCAAUGGAGACGCUUUUUCACUCCUCUGCAUCUACAGCUUUCCUCACUCCAAAAUCCUCAAUUAAUCCGAAACCCACCAUAAAUAUCUCUUCUCUGCCGCCAUUGAAGCUCUUUGUUGCCCAGAGUCGGAGAAAAUCGGUGAUUGUUGGAGCAAAGAAGAAGAGCAACAAACAAGACGCUCACAGUUUUGUUCCUAAACCCGACGAAGCUACUGGCCCAUUUCCCGAGGCCGUGCUUCUCAAGCAGAAGAAAGUCGAAAAAGACGGUGAAUUUCUUCCUGAAUUUGCUGAUGCUGACGAAGAAAAUAUUUACCAAGUUCUGAAGCUUCAGCUGGAAAAUGACUUGCUAGUGGAAAGCUUGCGGCACUAUGAAGUGGUGUAUUUGAUUCAUGAGAAGCACGCAGAUGAGGUUGAGAAAGUCAAUCAGAAAGUUCAAGAUUUUUUGAGGGAGAAGAGAGGCAAAAUAUGGAGACUAAAUGAUUGGGGAAUGCGCAGACUGGCAUACAAGAUACAGAAAGCAAAGAAUGCCCAUUACUUUUUGAUGAACUUUGAGAUUGAAGCCAAGUGGAUAAACGAUUUCAAGAGCAUGUUGGACAAGGAGGAAAGAGUCAUUCGGCAUCUCGUGAUGAAGAGGGACGAGGCGAUCACGGAGGAUUGCCCUCCUCCUCCUGAGUUACACACUCUACGUGCCGGUAUGGAUGAUGAUGAAGAAGAAGAGGAUGAUCUAGAUUAUGACGAUGAAUACUAUGAUGAGGAGUGGGAUGGUGAAGGUGAGAUUGAUGAGUACGGCAAUGAAGACGGGGACGGGGUUAUUUUUGUUAACAGUGAUGAGGAAGAUGAAGAUAGAACUAGCAGUAGCAAGACAAGAAUAAACAAAUUGAGAGCUGAGAAAGUAGCUAGGUAGGUAGUUGAAACUUUUUCAUGGUUCUUAACCUUUGCAGCCAUGUUUCAUGGUCAAAUAGAUAAUG